AUGGCUUCCCACCCAUCGUCGCCGCUGCCGGAACACCCUAUACCACCCGCUCCCAGUCCCACCACCAUAAGUGACCUCGGCGACGACCAGCUCCAAGAGAUCCUCAUCCGCCUUCCAGACCUCCCCAGCCUCGCCUCUGCCGCCUUCACCUGUCACGCCUUCCUCGGCGCCGUCCGCUCGUCCCGCGCCUUCCGCCGCCGCUUCAUCGCGCUCCACGCGGCCCCGCUCCUCCCUCGCUUCCUCUCACACACAAUAACUGCCCUCCCGGCCUUACGGCGCCCCUCCGCCAGAUUCACUCUCCUCCAAGACGAUGACACUUCCGAGUGGGACUGGGUGGUCGAUUUCUCCGAUCCUUCGAUUGCCUACAACGGCUCCAUGGCCAUCAAACACCGGAGCAGCAAGCAGGGAGUUCGGUACAACCCCCAAAUGAUGGCCCUGUUUCUCCGCCCCAAGGAGCACCACGACAUGCCCGCCGGCACCACCCUUGGGUUCCACACAUUCUCCUGCGAAGAGGAUCAGAAGCCGUCCCGUGUGGUAUGUGUCCGUCACGACUACUCACGGCCUUGCGCACGCGUCGCUGUCUUCUCAUCGGACACCAUGGAGUGGCAGAUUUUCCCGGAGAUCGCGAUGCUGCUGCCUCAGGGCUUCAGGAGCACAGCUAGCACCGUGCUGGAUGGGUUUAUAUGUUGGCAAUGCGAGUCCAUUACCGGGCUGGCUGUCAGCGAGUACAUUUUCGUGCUCAACACAGACACAUAUCAGUUCUCUCGAAUGGAUCUGCCGCCGCCCUUGAGAAAGGUACAUCAAACAUUUCAGAUUGGUCAGAUCAAAGAUGGGAAGCUCUGUAUCGUAAAUGAGAAGGAAUGCACGUUUAGCCUUUGGAUCUGGACAGCCAGCGAUGACGGCAUCGAGAGAUUUGUGCUGCACAAGACGUUCCCGUUGUACACUCGCUUUAUGGAUGUCACCAACUGUUCAGUCAAAGAUACAAUCUCAGUGCGGCUUAUGACGGUUUUCAAUGGCUUUUUGUACUUUGCAAUUCGCCCAUGCAGAAAUUACGUGCAUCAGUUCAAAUCCCCUGAGUGGUUCCUGUCCUUGUCUCUGGAAACAGCGGAGCUGAAGCAGCAUCUUAAAAAUAGAAAGCGGCCUGUCUUCCCGGUCCAUCCCUACUCGGUCUGGCCUCCUUUUAUGAAAUACAUCUCGGAGGAUUCAAAAUCUGAGGUUACUGGAAACAGUGUCGAAGAUGGUUCUGAGAUCACAGGAAAGGAUUCGUCUGUCCUUAUAAAAGCUUUACGAUCAUAUAAAGAAGCUUUGAUCAAGGAUGGCGAUGCAAAUGUUGCAGAGAUAGAGGCCUUCUCGCUUUGCAUUGACAUUGAGGACGAGAAGAACUCUCUUGUGAGGAAAAUCAUGGCUUUAGAUGAACUGUUAAGAACUGUGAGAGAUCUUGUCUUGAGGGCGGGUGCAGACCCUGAACUCGCAGACUGUGAAUUCUACAGACAGAAGAUCAAAAAAAGAGAGCUGGUGGAAAAUGUGCAAGGGAAAGUUAUGGAGAGGUUUCUGCGCUAG